UCUAAGAUGGCUGGGGCACACUUUAACCCUGACCACAGUCCUUUGCUGUUGUGUGCAACCGAAUCCUGGAGCAGAGGCUUGGCUAAAGUUGCUUUGACCCUCCUUGGCUUUCUUCUUUGUGGAGCUGCUAUAGGUCUUUUGUUUGGUGGUGCAUUUGUGAUCUUCACCUACCAGAGCUACCGAUUCUUCUUUCAGAACAAGUUCUUUCCUCUGCCAGGCUGGUUGGCAGUGGUUUCUGCCAUUUUGCUGUUGCCAACUGGGACUCUGGCAAUGUGUGUCCCAGUAAAGAAUUCACGCCACCUCCAAGGGAUUUUAAUGUACUUGUUCUUGGUCAUUUUUUGUUUGGGAGCCUCUUCGGUGGUCAUGACACAAAUCUAUUCAGCGAAAGUGGAGUCUCAACUAAAAAACAAGAUGGACCCAUUCUUUCACAAGUACAACUGGACUGCUCCAAACUAUAGAGACACAGUAUCUGUGGAUGCCACCCAUAAGAAGUUGAAAUGUUGUGGAAUCUCCAAUUACACUGACUGGAUGAUGAUGCUUCCAAACCAUCUCCAGAUAGGACAUGGUUUUGCUCCAAAAAGCUGUUGCAGAGAGGCUUAUUUAGAUUGCCGUGGUGAUCUGAGCCAGCCAGAGAAACUCUUUAAGGAUGGUUGUCACAAGAAAUUGGAAGAAAGACUCUAUUUUGUCAAGCAGUAUGUGACCUGGUGCUGUGUUGUGAUCAUUUGUCUGGAGAUUCUAGCAGCUAUCAGCAAUGGAAUACUUAUGAAGGAGCAGCCUUUUCGAGACUUCCGAAUUCUUGAUUCUGCUGCUUUUUCAUAG